UCCAAACAAGAAUGGCUGCCUCCUUCAAGUCUUCAACCACGACCACGGGAGAUCUGAGAAUGUUUCGAGUCCGGCGGAGCCUUAAAAACGAAAAAUUUGCUGCAGCGAUUUUCCGUCAAGUAGGAGUUUUAUUAAAGUUAAGUAAAACCUCGGUAAUUUCACGAGCUAAAGCCGAAAAAACAAUCAGCAUAAGUUUGCCUUUUUCAACAUGGGAGAGCAGUUCCAUUGAGCCUUUGCUGACUUGCAGCCCAUUAUCAUCCUUCAAUUUUAUUAUUUGUGUUGACACAAUCGAGGCAACCUUAUGUUGCAUGAUAAAGGAGCCGUUUGUGGUGUUUAACGUGCAGUGGAUUUCCAGCCAGUUCCGGUUGGUCAUACACUUUUUAAAUUGCUGCUUCGACACUUCCGGUGGCUUGAAAUGGUUUCUGUACACCUUGAAAUUUAAUCGGAGCACUAAUAUUGAUCAAUAGGU